AUGCUAGACUUUGUCCUCCACCCGUCUUCGCCUGACACGAGCGGUAUACCCGUCGGAGGUGAGAAGCUGCGGAAGGUGAUGGAGUGGGUCUCCAAGCGGGAAGAUCCCAUUGUCGGCGAACUGCUGCCAGAUGCGUCCCAGACCGCAGAGGAGGUUGUGGCCAAGGGCCUGUUUAAGGACAAGUUCACCGCGGCUCUCCUCAACGGGAUUGAACCCGAAGAUGGUGGGGGCGUGGGCACUCCGUUCGAGAGCGACGGCAAAGGCGACUGCUUGUUGAAUUCUGUGGCGGCAUUCUUCGCCAAAGACGGAGGUCAAGGGGUCAGAAGUGCUGUGAAGACAAUCGCGGUGAAGCUUCGACUCAGCGUCGUGCUGUUCGGGCUGAUAUACAUGGGGCUAUUCCUGCUGGAGCAGGACGACAUUUCGGGGCAUGGUACAACUACACGUCGGAUGUGCGGGAAAGGCUGGCGAAGAACGGGUGGGAUGUGGCACCCGACCCCGACAACAACUGGCACGUCGGGUCGUCAAAAUGCGCGCGGCUGA